AUGACGCGCACGGCGCGGUCCACGGUGAGGUCGACGCGCACCCGGUCGCGCAGCCGCAGGGAGAUGGUGCCGCUGGCCGUCACCACCACCGGGCUGGCGUCCGGCGACUCGCUCUCCCGCCAGCUCUCCUGCCACCCACCACGCGUUAUUGGCUCUUGUCCGCUUGAAGGCAUUCCUUUUCAUCCCAUAAGCAGAUUGUGCCAACUGCUUACCAAACAUUUUGAUUUCAAUACCAAGUUACGGUUUAAACCUUUUAGUUGGCGUUAUCUUCAUAUCACUGAAGAGGUAGUAUUUGUGGGUGCUGUAGGAUUAGGGACUGGAGUCACAGUAGAAAAUGGUCGUUUGGUAGUUGAUGAAGGUUCAGUACUUGAAGUUACAGGAGGAGAAGUGGUGGAUGUUCCGAUAAGAAAGCUAAGUCCAUCAAAUCGCCGAACUUUGGACGGCUCAGCUGUAGGAUUAGGGACAGGACUCACAGUUGAAACAGGUCCUUUGGUAGUUGAUGAAGGUUCAGUACUUGUAGUUACAGGAGAAGAAGUGGUAAAUGUGGUUUUGGGAGUAUUGGAGGGAAUGGUAGUGGUAGAUUCUAACAAGAUUCUGCUUCACCAAGGUGGAAUAAAGGAGCCACAACAUCAAAUUGAAACUACCACUGUUUUAGAAUUUGGCAAACUAGGUCCAUCAAAUCGCCGAUCUUUGGACGGCUCAGCUGUAGGAUUAGGGACUGGACUCACAGUUGAAACAGGUCCUUUGGUAGUUGAUGAAGGUUCAGUACUUGUAGUUACAGGAGGAGAAGUGGUGGAUGUUGUGGUUGUGGAAGUAUUGGAGGGAGUAGUAGUAGUAUUUAAACUCUGA